AUGCAGGCGAUCGCGCAGGAGUACCUGGCGGCCUGCCAGCGGCAGCACCUCAAGCCCCUUGAGGGCUUCACCCAUUCACCCGAUCCGUCCUCGAUGGCGGUCGAUCUCGAGGGCGUUGCCCUGCACGAUAUUCGCGUUUUCGCCCUGGCCCUCAGUCGGGUGGGACUGGAUGCCCCGCGCCGGCCGAUUUCGGGGGGUUCGUCGUCCUUUCCCUCCCCUCCUGCUUCGUCCUCCAAAACAAAAAAAGGCCCUUUUCGCGCGAAAGGAGCCUCCUCGCGGCCUUAUCCUUUUUGUACGGUCUGCGGGGGGAAAGUGGCGGCGGGCUGCGCAUGUACAAGGGGGGCCCCGUCGCCACGGCGGGUCUUGACGGGGACCCUCGUGCGGAUUUCUCUGCGUGGGGGGGGCCGCCUUCCGGGGCUUCCGCAAGGGGCUUCCGCGACUUUGAUUCGCCCGCGAAGCGGCCGAGCCGACGGGCCUUUCGCGGGAGGGGUGAAAAACGCGAGCGAUCGAUUCCCGGCGCCUCGGCUUGGGCCGGCCGGGAUGACGUUGAAUCCUCCCACGCCGCGGCGCGUCCUGGCCGAGCUCGUGGAGGGGGUUCGCCACGUCGUCGACCUCAGCCGGGAUUCCCUCACCCAUUUCGAGUUCGCCGGAUUUCCCCUUGACGGGGUGCCGGAAGGGGCGGCGCGGUUGAUGCGUGCGCUGGUGAAGUGCCCCCAACUUCGCUCGCUUUCCUUACGGAGUUCUUCGCUUUCCGAGCGGGUUUUUUCGAUCUUGACGACAACCCCCUCCGCGCGGUUUUCCCGUCUGGCGGAGGUGUCGUUUGCGGGGUGUGGGUUGACGGACGCCUGCGCGCGGGGGCUGCGGGCGUUGGUUUGCCUCGGGCGGGAUGCCGCGGGGCUGGCGGACUGGAAGCGCUCCCUACGCGCCGCGGAAAGGGAUUAUAAUCGUUCCAACCACGUAAAUCAUUCCCCUCAUUCGCUCGAUUCGCCUCGGACGGGGCUUUCGUUGGCGAAGGGAGGGGGCCUGAUGCGAUUGGAGGUUUCGGAUAACCACUUGGGGGACCUCACGCUCCUGGGCUUGGCGGAGACCCUCCGGGGGGAUUCCACGCUGCGAUUUUUGGACUUCAGCCGAAACGCGGCCUCGCUGGCGGGGAUGCAGGCGUUCGUCCACACAGGGGUUUUGGAGGAUAGCGUCUUGGAGUCGGUGGAUUUAAGCCAUAACCUCGGGAUUCGGGAAUUUCGCAAGAAGGGAAUUGCCGGGAACGAGCGUGGCGGUGUGCCUCCGUUAUUGCAGUUUCGACAAACGUCGAAAACGAACUUUUUGCUUGUCCGUCAUGGCAUCGAGCAGUGUUUACUUCUUCGCCAACGGGGCGGGCGGGCCUCCGCGGGUCGGGAUGCCCGAUCUUCGCCGCCGCCCGUGCAGAUCAGCACUCCCACCACGGGAACUCUCCCGCGUGGUGGUGGGAGGGGGAUUCCGGCCUCCUCAAUCGAGCCUUUGGAUUCCAAUACUACCCCUCUUUGGGAACCCUCCGCGGCGGCUUCCGAAUUCUCCCCCAAACCCCCCUACUCACCGUGGCCUGAGGAUUCCACCCAUGGAUAUGUCUUACAUCCGCCUGCCUUUGCGCGUUCGAUCGCGGCGAAUUCACCGGGCACGGCGGCCGGGACUUUCAGAAAAGGGGCUUCUACCGCGGCCCCUCUUUCCUCCCCUCCGCCUUUUCCGCCCCGCCAUGAGGGCGGUGGGGGAGUCCCUCCCGGGAUGUCUGGGGCCUCGUUUCCGUGGGGCCUCGAACACGCCGGCUGCCAUCCUCCUCCUCCUCCUUCUUCUGCUUCGCAUUAUUCGCCCUAUGUUUUCAUGAUGCCUGUUAUGGCGAUGCCUCCUGGCGGCGUUGGCUGCCCUCGCUGCGGUUUAAUUCCAUCGCCCCGCGAAGAGCAACUUCCGCCUUAUCUUUACACGAAUCCGAAAUCCCCUGCUGGAUUUACCGAAUCCGCAGGAUCUUUCAAGGAUGAGAAGUUCGACCCUUCCAAUCGCGAAACGCACGUGGGGCUUCUGAAUUCCGCCCGUCUUUCAGGACUGGAUAAGAUGGUGCAAAGCUUGGUGGCGAAGUUAGACAGCAUCACCCCUCGGGAAAUUCGCUCCGGGUUUUCUGGUGAAUUAAAAGAAAAAGAUAUCCAUCCUAGAGAAGUAUCCUGCCCACGCGAGAACUCGCCGGAUCCCCCGAAAGAGAAGAACGGGCCCACGGACGAUGCCGAAGGCCCUAGGACGGCGAAUCCGAGCGGUGUCGUAUCCUUGGCCGAAUUUGCUUCCUCGAAUGGCGACGACAUCCAUCUCAAGGGCUCUUUGGAAAAUAAUCUUCAGCGUAUUUUAGAGUAUCUGACGCAUAGUAUGGAGUAUCAAGAGCUGCAGCUCUCAGAAAAGCUGGAGAAGUAUCACCAGCAAACCACCUCACGCCUUGAUGCCUUUCGUCGGGAUUUGGCGGAUAAGAUUUCGCACCUUUCCCAAGAUCAUCGCGCGAUGGAAGGCCAUCUUUUUCAUCAACUCGAGGAUCUGAAAGAAUCCUCGACGUGGAGUUUGGACAAGGAUGAGAAUGAGCUGUUGAGCGGGCUGAUGGGGCUUAUCCAGGCUGGAAUGGAACGUGUAAAGCGCCAGAUAAGCCUCCAUGACAGGGAAAAGCCGCGGAUAGGGGAGAUUACGAGCCUCGAUACCGCGGCGACGCCGGCUUUGCGAUACCUUCAGCAGAGUAAAAAAAUAGCAUUUAAUAUGGGGGGGGACGAUCGCCAAGGGGCGUUUUUGCGUGAGGUGAAUACCAGAUUGAAGACGUUGGGUUGGUAG